AUGUCAUCAAAAAAGGGAUUUUAUAUUUUAUCAAUGUGUUCAGUAUUACUAACAGUUUUUAUAUUUAUACUUCUCAGAUACACUAGCAUUUUGGGGUCGUAUUUUAAUGCAUUUCAUAAGAUAUCUCUUAAAGAUACUGUAUUAGGAAAAUUUGAUACUGAUAUUGCAUUUAAUGAAUACUCAAAAGCGACUCAAACACCCAAAUUUACUAAAGAAGAAUUCGUUUUUAUGGCUAAAUCUUAUUAUUGUAUUUCUAAAAUACCUAAAAAAGUUUUGGUAAAUUAUUUUUUAAAUGUCUAUUCCGAACCAUUUUUUAAAAUAUCAUUAUUUGGUUCCCCUGAAAAAGCCAAGGUUUAUUUUUACCUAUUCUUAAGGUAUUGUAUGAAAAUUCAGAUCAUAUUUUUUUCAAUUGUUGCGCUAAAGUAA